CGCGUUUAGACCAACAAAAAAAGCAAGCUCUUCAAUUAGUCGGGGUGAUUGAGGAGUUUGAGCUGAGUGGAGGGAGGUCGGGGGUUCGAGCGCGGGUGCCUCAUUCCGCGUCGAACCGCCGCGCGCGCAAUAUGCGCUCCGUCGCGCUACUUUUGGCGCUAUGCGCGCUAUACACACGCGCAGAAAUCCUGACGCCGCCCUACGUGAAUUUAGCUUUAGGCAAGAAGAUUACGGCCACAGCGACCUGCGGCGACGAGGGACCGGAGCUGUACUGCAAGUUAGUAGGCGCGAGCGCCGAUCACGACGAACAUGUUAUCCAAGGACAGGUGUGUGACUUCUGUGACGCGAACAAUGACGCCAAGAAGCACCCCCCGGAGUACGCGGUGGACGGCAUGGAGACCUGGUGGCAGAGCCCCCCGCUCUCCAGGGGCAUGAAGUACAACGAAGUCAACCUUACCAUCGACUUGGGACAGGAGUUCCACGUUGCAUACGUGUUCUUGAAAAUGGGCAACUCGCCUCGACCUGGGCUUUGGACGCUUGAGAAGUCCACGGACUACGGGAAGACCUUCAAACCCUGGCAAUACUUUUCUGAGAGCACGCAGGACUGUGAGAGAUACUUCGGCAAGGAGAGUCUGCAGCCGAUCACACGAGACGACUCGGUCAUCUGCAGCACCGAGUACUCUAAAAUUGUGCCACUUGAAGGCGGAGAGAUCCCAGUGUCUUUGCUGAAUUACCGACCGUCGGCUAAUAAAUACUUCAGCUCGCUGGUGCUGCAAGAAUGGACGCGUGCCACCAAUGUGCGCUUACGGCUCCUCAGGACCAAGAACUUGGGAGGGCAUCUCAUGUCAGUGGCCAGGCAAGACCCGACGGUCACCAGACGGUACUUCUACAGUAUAAAGGACAUCAGCAUCGGCGGCCGCUGUAUGUGCAAUGGACACGCCGACAACUGCUACCCGGCCGACCCGGAGAGCGACACCAGCAUCUUGGUGUGCCGCUGCCAACAUAACACCUGUGGCCCGCAGUGUGCCCAGUGCUGCCCAGGAUUCGAGCAGAAGAAGUGGAGGAUAUCACAAUACUGGGACAGAUUCGCUUGCGAACCGUGCAACUGCCACAACCAUACCACUGAGUGUGAGUACGACGCAUCAGUGGACGAGCAGCACCAAUCCCUCGACAUCCACGGGCGUUACGAAGGAGGUGGUGUUUGCAAGAACUGCCAGCACAACACUGAGGGCAUCAACUGUAACAAAUGCAGACCCACCUUCUACAGACCCUAUGGCAAGAAAUGGGGCGAGAUCGACGUAUGCCGACCCUGCGAUUGCGACCCGCAUUUCUCGACCGGCAAUUGCGAGGAGGAGACCGGCAGGUGUGAAUGCCGCCCCGAGUUCAAUCCUCCUUACUGCGACUCCUGCGCAUAUGGCUAUUUCGACUACCCUGACUGCAAACCUUGCACGUGCAACCUGAAUGGCACCGACGGAUCUCACUGCACGCCCGUCGGCGGAAUAUGCCCCUGCAAGUACAACUACGCAGGCGACUCGUGCAUGAUUUGCGCAGACGGAUAUUACUCCCCGGAAUGUAAAAACUGUGAAUGUAACCGGGUGGGAUCGGUGUCCCAGGUGUGUGACAAGGAGUCGGGUAACUGUACGUGCAAGAGCAAGUACGCCGGUCGGACAUGCAACCAAUGCGAGGCCGGUUAUUACGACUAUCCAUCGUGCAAGCAUUGCAAUUGCGACGUGAGCGGCACCCAAGCGGCUAUUUGCGAUGACAUCUCUGGUCAAUGUAUCUGCAAGACUGGCUUCGGAGGAGCCAGAUGCGACCAAUGUUUAUCUGGGUUCUAUAUGGAUGUGCGCGGACGGGACCGGCAGUGCGUGCCGUGCGACUGCUCGCCCACUGGCUCGACAUCGACCAGCUGCUCGGCCGACGGCAAGUGCAACUGCCUCGCCAACUUCGGCGGGAAACAAUGCUACCAGUGUUCUCCAGGCUACUACAAGUACCCAGAAUGCUUGCCGUGUAACUGCGAUGUCUCUGGGUCAAUCGGAUCGACGUGCGACGACCAGGGCAUCUGCCACUGCCGCCCCAACUUCGACGGAGAGAAGUGCGACCGAUGCAAGGAGAAAUUCUACAACUACCCUGCCUGCGAGGACUGCAACUGCGACCCUAGGGGAGUGGUUGCCUCGUUUGCUGGAUGUGGUUCUGUGCCCGCUGGUGAGCUGUGUCAGUGCAAGGAGCGCGUACAAGGAAGAAUAUGCAACGACUGCAAAGCGCUUUUCUGGAACCUUCAGGAAUACAAUCCCUCUGGCUGUGAAGAAUGUGGCUGCCACCUAGCGGGCACGCUCGGUGGGCUGGGCUCGUGCCAUACGCGCAGUGGACAGUGUUUGUGCAAGCUGCACGUAGACCAGCGCAAGUGCGACCAGUGCCAAGACGGCUUCUACCGCCUGGAGAGCAAUAACGUCUUCGGAUGUACAGAAUGCAACUGUGACAUCGGAGGUUCCAUUAACAACAUCUGCGACAAGGUGACUGGACAAUGCCGUUGCCACUCGCGCGUGGAAGGUCGCCGCUGCGACCAGCCAAUCCGCGCCCACUACUUUCCCACCCUCCACCAGUUCCAGUACGAGGUGGAGGAGGGCCUCACCCAGUCUGGACCGGUCCGAUACAGGAACAACGACCAAAUCUUCCCGGGUUACUCCUGGAAAGGUUACGUCGUGUUCUCUUCGUUACAGAAUGAAGUGAUAAACAUCGUACACAUCACCAAGUCAUCGUUGUACCGCAUGGUUCUGAAGUACGCGAGCCACUUGAAAGAUCCGAUCAUUGCCAGCAUCAUCAUCACUCCGGAGAGCUUUGUUGACUCUCAACAAAAGUUCAACGUUCUUCUAAGGCCGACUGGGGAACCACAGUUAGUUACCGUAGCAGGAGAGAAAGCCUUGGCGCCAUCGCCUUUCGUGAUGAACCCCGGCAAUUGGACUGUCACCAUCAAAACCACCAAAGAAGUUAUGAUUGACUACUUCGUCUUGAUACCGGAAGCGUACUACGAGGGAACGAUGCUUACUAAACUGGUGGAUAAACCUUGCGUGGUUGGGGAUCAGCGCCUCUGCAGACAGUACGCGUAUCCCAGCGUGGCGGGCAGACCAAGGGCGUCCAUCGCUGACCUGGUCACUCCAGUUACUGCUUACGUCACCAACGAAGAGCAACUCAAAGAGCUGAACGCUGCCGCUAACACGAUCCCACUUCUCAACGACGAUCAGCAAGAGCUGCAAUACAACUUGCACGUCGAUCCGCCCGGGCCGUACGUGUUGCUAGUGGAGUACGUGACGCCAGUGAACGGAUCCACCGCAGUGGAGAACUACUCCAACGAGACCAACUUGUUCACACCCAAGUGGACUGUGACCGUGCGGCUUCAGUCCGGCAGCGCUUCGGAAGCGGUCGCCAUAGCAAACCUGAACGAGUGCCCGUACACCGCUGCCUGCCGGCAGGUGGUGGUCGACAACAUCGCCAAGCUGUACGUCUUCAACAUCCAGAGCCCUGACAACGUCGUAUACUUGAAUGGAGAGAAAAAUGUUCUGACCGGAAUAAAAUCAAUCGUAGCCAUCCCAGAAGCUGAUUGGCACCUGGACUACAUCACGCCGCGCGCUUACUGUCUGAGACGCAACGGGAAAUGCGAACCGGCAGUCUUCUCCGCCGCUGUAGACUCAAAAAAAGUUGAGGUCGAGAUAGGUAUUGGCGGCGACCGCACGACGCGGCCACCCAUUUUGGACAACUCCACGGCGGUGGUGCUUCUCUCGCCGGAGGCUGACCCCGUUAAGUUGGACGCGAAGGUGCUCACGCCCGGCGAAUACAUGUUCAUCGUGAAAUACUUACAGCCUAACAACCCUGAGAGCACUAUAGACGCGACCAUAAUUCUGGACGGAGUUAAGUUCGAAACCCAGCUCAUCGCAGAGCACUGCCCCUCCGUCUCCGGCUGCAGAGCGCUUCUCAAGCAACCAGAUGGCAAGAACCGGUUCCCAGUCACAGAAAACAUCACCAUCGUAUUCAAGGAUGAAACAGGCAAAGGUGUUUGGCUGGACUACGUCCUUAUAGUGGCCCCAGAAGACUUCGUGGAAAGCGCAUUGAAAGAGGCCAAUAUGGUGGACUAUACUAGCGAGUUCAUAGAUAAAUGCGCCUAUAACCACUAUUACAUCAGCCCCAACGAGACUGGUUUCUGCCGCGACUCUAUGUUCUCCAUAACGGCGGAGUACAACAGCGGCGCGCUGUCCUGUUUCUGCGACUUUAUGGGCUCCACGGAGCUGGAAUGUGACGUAUUCGGGGGACAGUGCCCGUGCAGGCCGAACGUCAUCGGGCGCUCGUGUUCCGCCUGCAGGACCGGCUACUACGGCUUCCCCAACUGCCGCCCCUGCAACUGCCCCUCAACCGCCAUAUGCGACGAUAACGGGAUGUGCAUCUGCCCCAAGAACGUGGAGGGCGAGAACUGCGACCGUUGCAAGCCGUAUACGUUCAAUUUCGACGUGCACCGCGGCUGCGACGACUGCAACUGCAACCCACUAGGCGUCAUUGGCAACCAACUACAAUGCGAGACCGACAGCGGCAGCUGUGCUUGCAAGGAGAACGUGAUUGGCCGAGUAUGCGAUCACUGUGUGCCAGGACACUACGCGUUCCCAGACUGUCUACCGUGCACAUGUGACCCGUAUGGCACCACUGAUGACGUUUGCGAUCAGAACACCGCCCAGUGCUACUGUAAGAAGCACGUACGGGGUCAGGCUUGCAAUGAUUGCAAAGAAGAAUAUUUCAACCUUCAAGCAACAAAUCCAGAUGGUUGCACGAAGUGUUACUGCUUCGGUAAAACUACAAGAUGCACCAGCUCAUAUUUGUCUUGGUCUGCGAUAAGUGGUGUUGCUGAUUGGUCCCUAGUAGUGAUCGAGACGAAUCGCACCCUCAGCAUUAUCCCGUACUCGUCGACGCCGAGAAUAAUGGACGAUUACACCAUAGUUGCCGACCUCAACGCUACAGCGACCUCCAAACAGAUCGUUUACUUCGUCGUACCCGCGUACUACUUAGGCAAACGUCUGACCGCUUACGGGGGUUAUCUCACCUACUCGAUCAACUACAAGAACCAAGAGAGCGGGCAAGCCAUUGCCGGAGCCGAUGUAAUCAUCGGUGGACCCAACGGCUACCUUGUCCACAACAGCGUGGAGCAGCCGCCUUCCUUCGUCGACUGGAUGCAUGCUGUGCACGUCACCGAAGACGAGUUUACCAAUCUCGAUGGCACUGCUGUUACCAGAGACCAGUUCAUGAAUACCCUCGUCAAUGUCACCAACAUUUACAUCAGAGCGACAUAUUGGGAAGGAUCUUUUACAGCAAGGCUGGGAAAUGCAAUUCUCGAUGUCGGCGUAGAAGACUACAUGGAAGGUGCUAAACGAGCGACUUCGGUGGAAGAGUGUCAGUGUCCUAAAGCGUACCGAGGAAUGUCGUGCGAGCAGUGUGCAGCCGGGUAUUACAGACUCAGCAGCGGGCCGCACGCGGGGCUGUGUGCGCCCUGCCAGUGCUACGGACACUCGCAAGAGUGCGACGUCAACACGGGCAUAUGUUUGGAGUGCACACACAACACAAUGGGCGAUCAUUGCGAGCAAUGCAUAGAGGGCUACCACGGUGAUGCCACUGUUGGCACACCUCGCGAUUGCCUCAUCUGCGCCUGCCCUAUGCCCACCGCUUCCAACAAUUUCGCGAUCGGAUGCGAUCUAAGUGAAAACGGCUCCCUUAUCUCUUGCGACUGUAAGCCCGGAUACGGAGGUGCGCGCUGUGAAUACUGCGCCGCUGGGUAUUACGGAGAACCAGAGAUCACAGGUGACUACUGCAAGCCUUGCAACUGCUCCGGCAACAUAAACAAGGAUGAUCCGAGCUCAUGCGACAGUAUCACCGGCGAUUGUCUCAAGUGCGUCAACAAUACGGCCGGUGGCGCCUGCAACCUCUGCGCUCCAGGCUUCUUUGGUGACGCCAUCUUCAACAAGAACUGUACAGCGUGUAUCUGCGACGAGUACGGCAUGGAGCGAUGUGACCCGAGUACGGGCACGUGCGUGUGCUGGCCGGGCGUGGUGGGCGAGAAGUGCGACCGGUGCGCGCCCGACCACUGGGGGCUGAGCUCGGCCCGCGGCUGCGAGCCCUGCGACUGCGCGGUCGCCUCCAACUCCACGCAGUGCGAUGAUAACACCGGACAAUGCAGAUGCGCAAAAGGAGUGACUGGACGCCACUGCGACCAAUGUGCUGCCGGAUACUGGAACUACACCAAAGAAGGAUGCGAUCACUGCAACUGCAACACGGGUUACUCUGUGGGAUUCAUGUGCAACGCGACGGGUCAAUGCGAGUGUCUACCCGGUGUCAUCGGGGAGAAAUGCGACCGCUGCCCAGAGAGGUGGGUGUUGAUACCUCAUGAAGGCUGCCUGGAAUGUGACGAGUGCACUGACGCCCUGAUUUACAGCGUUCAGGACAUGGGUGCUCUUUUGGCUCACGAAACGCAGGACUUCAAGGACAAAGCAGAUUCAUUCUUCACGACGCAGCGACUAAACUACAUUGCGAACCAGACUGAUAUGCUGAGGCCACGAAUCCUUGAGCUUCGGGGAGUCGACCUGAAUAACGUCACUGCCGCUUUUAAGACGCUUGAGACUGGUGCCAAAAAUCUGCUCAGAUCGGCAGAGUUCGCAGCGACAGACAGCGACAAGCAGAUUAGUCGCGCUGCGGACCUAGCAGUGGACGCUGAAAAGACUUUGGCAGUAGUGCGAGAGCGGGCACGCAACGCUGAAUCUGUGGUGGCGCAUGUUGCCGACCUCGCUACUGGGCUCGAACUCAGCCAGCAGCCCAAGGUCGACAGCGCGCUGGCAGAGGCGAGGCAAAUAAAGAGCGACAUCUCUGAAAAGAAGUUGGACAGCGAUAACCAGUUAGCAAACAGCGUAUUCGGCAACUCGACAUCGCAAAUAGAACGCAUGAACAUCUUCGUAAACCCGGUGAAUAAACAGGCCAAGAAAUUCGAAGGACUCGUGAAUGCCACACACGCGCUGAAAAACAAGCUAGAAGAUCUACUGAAGUACACGGAUCAAGCGCAGCAUACCGCGAAUUCAGCAGAAAAGCUCAACGCUAAGAACAGACAAUCGAAAUUCGGUACUAAAGUGCAAUCCGUAUCGAAUCUGUACACUUCGGCAAUGAAUGAUCUGAUCGACGCGGCGGUGCACGUGAAGCAUGCUGGAGCGGAACAUUCCUCCGCUGCUGGCGUCGUAAACGCCUCCAGUAAUACCCUGGACGUCAAUCGCAACGCCAACAUCAAUAUGGACGAGAGAAUCACCAACUUGGCUCAGGAAAUACCGGUGCUUCAUGAUAUCGUGAACGAGGCACUCCACCACGCAAACAUCUUGAGGAAUAGGGCGGACAACUUACGCGCUCUGGCCGAGAGAGAAAACAACAACACGCGUACCAAAGACGCGUACAGCGCUGCGUCAGCAUUCUCGUCCAUCGUGCAAGAGAUCAACGAUGCCAAACAGGCGGCGGACGCCGCGGAAGCAGCUGUCUACAACACCACUGGCGUUAAAAAUUUGCUGAACGAGCGAGGAGGUCCCGCGCUAAACCGAUCGCAAUUGCUACUUUCGCAUGCAUCGUCCGCCCAUAGCGGAGUAGAGGAGCAGCUGCGUCCGAACCUCACCGCCGCCGCCACCGCUCUUACUGCAGCCGGUGCCACCCUAACCGCAGCCGAUGACGAUGAUCACGCGGUUCAACUGUCUUUACCGAAGUCGGCUAAAACCUCACUCCAAGAUGAAAUCACUAAAGCGGACCGUGUGAACACUACCGUGAAGAAUACUCUCGAUAUCAUGUCGCAACUGGGUGCCGACCUGGAGGCCAGCAAAGCAUGGGCGCAGACUUUGCCAAAGCUAGCUGACGAAAGCCAGAAGAUGACUUCCAACGUCGAGAGCUUAUUAAACAAUGUGAAAGAAAUUGACCCGCUGAGCAAUUCCAAGUAUCGCUCUGUGAAGAUCAUGCAGGACGACUUAGAACACCGCCGCGCCGAAGCUGACGAUAAACUACAGAAGCUCAAGGAGCUUAUUGAACAGGCGCGUGCCUUAGCCAAUCGCAUCCAAGUGGGCGUGACGUUUGACCGGCGGUCGACGCUGCAACCACGGCUUCCAGACUCUAUCGACGAGAUGUCUACCUCCACGCACGUGUCUGCAUACUUCCGUACUAGGGAGAAGGACGGGCUACUCCUCUACCUCGGCAACCCUGAGGGCAGCAACAUCAGGCGCACUAAAUCGGACGACUUCAUGGUAGUGGGCAUCCAGAACGGAUAUCCUUACUUGACGAUGGACAUCGGAGACAGCCACGACUCUGGUCGCGAGGCGGUGCGCAUCGGCAGCGACAAGUUUGUGUCUGACAACCGCUGGUACCAGGUCGUUGUAGAUAGGAUCGGACGCAACGUACAAUUCUCCAUACGCGAGAGUCUCGACAACGGUUCAGAGCACACUCAUUCCAAGGAGGCGGUGCUACCUGGACAGCAUACUAUCUUCAACCUGGACCGUCAGAAGAGCAAGCUUUAUGUAGGCGGAGCACCCGCGGAUGCCAAGCUGCAAGGCAUCAGCUACCCCGCCUUCGAAGGACAGAUCGAGGAGCUCAUAAUUGGCGACUCGCCCGUUGGACUAUGGAACUUCAUCAGCUCGGAGAACCUCAAGGGUGCUAGACAAAGAGAUAAGCUGAUCACAUCGCAAACCGGGCCACAAGAGUACCGUUUCAACGGGCGCUCUCACGUGACGAUGCCGGCGCGCGAAUAUCUCGUUCCCCAGAAGAACCAUGUACUACUGUACUUCCGCACGUACGCCCCCGACGGGCUCAUUUACCUGGUAGGGGAGGGAUCUCACUUCUUCUCUGUAGUCAUGCAAGACGGAAAAGUCUUCUUACAGGUGUCGCUCGGAAAUCUUGAUGAAAUGGUUAUCAUAGGAACACAGAAGAACUACAACGACGGCAAGUGGCAUAAACUGGACGCCGGUCGCUACCUCGCCAAUUGUUCACUCAAAGUGGAUGACGAGAUUCACCGAGCUGUCUCCGCUUCGCCCAUCAUGGAGAUCACCUCGGUGGACACGAUGAACUUUGGAGGCAACAACAAGGGCAUCCUGCAAGUCAAGAACAUAGGCUUCGAUGGGUGCUUGCGCCAGAUUAGUAUGGACGGGAUCAACAUAGACCUAAGCGAGAACAUAGAAGCGAUUGGAUUGGGAUACGGGUGUCAGUUCGCGUCGUUGGUGUCGUUAUCGGGCAGCGAUAGCUACCUGCGGUUCAUGGACAUCACAACGGAUAACCUACAGCUGACACUGAAGUUCAAAACUUCGUCGCCGGCUGGCUUGCUGUUUCUAUAUGUGAGCAGAAUGCAGACCCCUGAUAUGCCGGACAGCGUGUCUCUGUCACUAAUCAAGGGUCGCCUGGUGCUGAUGAGUCAGCGCGAGCAGUUGGACACGGGUCUCAGCACGUACAACGACUCGCAGUGGCACGUCGUCACAAUUACACACAAUAGCCGCGCGCUGCGGCUAGUAGUCGACGACUUCGACUACUUCGGGUCGGACACGGCGCCAGCGCCGCUUCAAAUACUAGAAGGCGUGUUGUUCGUCGGCGGCGUGCAGAGUGGCUACGUGGUGGGGGGCAAAGUAGGAAGCAAAGUGCCUCUGCGCGGCUGCGUUGCGGACGUCGCGCUCAACUCGCGACCACUAAACCUGCUAGAGCCGUACAGCGCUAACGGAGUCACGUUCGGACGCUGCGGCGAUCUGACAAGCUCCGGGGGCGUGCCGCCAGACGUAGCUUCCUGGCUGCCGCAGCCAACGCAAUCCAAUUUGCUGCCGCUGCCACCACAACCGGCGCCUGCAACACCGGAACCUGAAACCGACCUCAACUAUAUCAACCCGUUCCACGAAGUUGUGACACAGCCACCACAGACGGAGGUCAAGCCGCUACCACAGCCUCAGCCGCAACCUCAGCCACAACCUCGACCACAACCGCAAACCACAAUGCAACCGCCGUCAACAACGACGCGUCGCCCGCCGCCGAAGCCGGUGCCCGGUUGCGCACUCGCCUACGACCCAGACUACACAGUCGGCAAUCCAGAAGAAGGCUACCGAUUCGGCACGCGCGAGGAUAGCCGCAUCGAGUUCGGCAAGCUGCCGGGCCGGCAGGUGGGCGGGUUCGACCUGUCACUGUCUUUCCGCACGUUCGACCGCCACGGCGGGCUGAUGCUGUACGCUGCUGCUGAGAAGGAGCCCACGCAAUUCAUCGCGUUGUAUAUGAAGGACGCUAUGCUGCACUUCCUGUUCAACUGCGGCGGGUCGACCGCGCACGUUAACUUGCAGCAGAGCUAUAAUGACGCGGCGUGGCACUCGGUAACGCUAGUGAGGCGUGAGGGACACGGCAAGGUGACGGUGGACGGCGAGCCAGUGGCGGAGUCGAGCGUUGCCUGCGCCGCGUCCGGGCCAGCGCUGCUCACCCCGCCGCUGUACUACGGCGGGCUGCGCGCCAACGUGUCCAGCGACAACGAUAACCUGCCCUUCUACCAGCCGUUCAAGGGCUGCCUGCGCGGCCUGAUGAUGAACGGCCAGCUGGUGACGGACGUGAAGACGCGCGUCAACUCGCUGCGCUGCGUCGACAACGUGGAGGACGGCGUGUACUUCCCGCCGUCGCCCAACUUGGCGUAUAGCAACUACAUCAAGCUGUACAAAGCGGGCGAGUUCAGCGUGGGCGAGGAGAUCUCCAUUUCGAUGGAGGUGAAGCCGCGCAAUACGACUGGGCUGCUGCUGGCGGUGCACGGACGGCACGACUACCUGGUGCUGGAGCUACUAGAGCACAAGGUGGUCGCGCGCGUCGACAACGGCAGGGGGGCCUUCCAGGCUACGUAUACGCUGAGCAACAAUUUCACGCUCUGCGAUGGCAAGUGGCACAGUAUUCACGCGGUGAAGUCCCGUCAUGUGGUGACGGUGGGAGUGGACGGGCAUUUUUCUGCCGCCGGCAUUGGUGUAUCACCGUCGACUGACACUCGCACUCCUGUAUACAUCGGUGGGCACGAACGACCCAUCAACAAACUAGCUGGUGUCCAAGCGAGGCGAGGCUUCACUGGCUGCGUGAAGAACAUCGUCAUCAAGACGGCGCCGGUGACUGUACCGCUCAUGGCUGCAGGGCGCGCUGCACAAAUAGGCGUCUGCCCGGCUGACUAAACCACUAAACCCGAAGAACGAAGAAUAUUACAAAGGUUUUUGUUCACAUCAUUCCACAAAGCAUCCCAAUUAUUGGAGGGUGCUCUGUGUAUCAUUCAAAUGAGAUUCAUCAGACAUAAACGCUGCGUAACUAGCAAACAAAUCAAUUUUAACCAAUUUAUUAUUUGACGCUCAUUGAAUUGGGAAAUGGAACGUACUUAAAGCACGUUCAUCACUAUGAGAGGUCACAAAUUAAAAAGAAGUAGGAUGCAAUUCUUCAAAGUAAAAAUGGAAGAUAGAAAAUAUAUUCUUUGUUACAAAUAUUUUGAUGGAAUGUUCAAUUUUAUGAGUGAUUUAAUGAAACGAUAUUUGAUAUUGUAAGAUUAAUGUACCGACUAAUGAUGUUUGAUAUUUCAUACUAGCCACAAUACAUUGUAACAUUAUUUGGCACACUGUAAUUUAAACGAGACAAAUAAAUUAGUUUUAGCAGGUACAAAGUUUUAGUAAACAGAGGCAAAUCACAGUUUUCUAUAAAACAAAUGUAUGAUAAAAUUUGUAAUUGUGUAUCAGUAUUUCAUAAUAACAAUUAACUUUAGGUUAUUAUCAUGUAUAUUUAUAAAGAAUUAAAAACACAAUAGAAUUUUGUAAUACAAAUCCUACACAGUAAUAAAAAGUUAUUAUAUCCUUAAUGUUGUUGUUUAAUCUAAUGAUAUUCAUGAAGAAAGUAAACCCUGCCAAUUUUCAUCUGUAUUACCUAUACGUUAACGCUCCGUUGUUUCAUCUAUAGUUAAAUUUGCUUAUAGUUAACGACACGUCAAAUACGUAGUAAAUGAGUCAAAUGUAGACAAAUGAUAUUUUAUAAGAUUUAACUAUAAGUAGUCAAAUUUAACUGUCGAUGAAACAACGUGGAUUAAGUUCUCAGAACUUAUACAGAAAGUGACUUGUAUUGUUGCAGCCAUUUGGUCAAAUUAGCAAGCCAAUCUGACGUCUAGGCCUUUCAUUUAAUGCCGGCAUCCAAUGAAAUAGCGGAACAAAUAUCCAAGUCAUUCAGAACAACGUUGUUAUGUUUUGUGUAUUUAGUAAGUUAAUUCAGAAAUUCAUGAAUUUGUGUUUAUGGUUAGUUUAGGUUAAACAUACCUGAGGCCUAAACAAAAACUAUACAAAAUUGAUUCUGUGCUGUUUUUGGACAAUAAAUUAUUAUUAUUAUAAACUUUGACAGCUCCGUGAUCGUAUCGCAUCGUCAUCUACCUCAGGGAAGGUAGCCCCCCGCUUUUUGAAUUUUAUUAUUAUCCAGGUUGUUCGGGAUUGUUCUAUGUUUGUUAUAAAGUAUUAAUUGAAUAUACUAAAAUUUGAAGCUGUCAGACAAAAAAAACCUUUUUCCAGAUAGCCCCCCAUGUUUGGAAAUACUUCUUUUCUUCUUUCUUCUUCCCUGAGGUUCGUCAGUCUCUAUGACAACUAAGCAGCAGAGCGAACGUAAGAACAAACUGGCUCCUUUCAUACAAAAUUUGACGAUGAUAAGAUUACGGAUCUGUCGAAGUUCGCUUGCUUUGACCUCAGUAACCUUAGCACGAACCAAAAUCGAAUUCGUAACGUUUGCGAGUCUGAAAUGUCAUUGUCAAAUGUGUACUGAUUUUUAGUUCCCGUUACGUCCAAAGUGGCGCUGCUGUUCAAGUUUCCAUAAAAAAUUUGACAUUGUCAUUUCGGUUUGCAAACUAUUCGAAUUCGAUAAUGGUUCAAACUCAAACUCAUUUAUUCAGUCUAGGCUGUUACAAGCUCUUGUGAAAGUCAAACGCUACGCCAUCGGUUCGUAAAUCUAUGGCGGAGACCUUGUACUGAGAAGAACCGGCAAGAAACUCAGCAAGGGCUAUUUUUUUUCUCCCUGUUUUGUUUCAAACAGUGUCGUCAAUUGAAAGAUGACAUCAAAAAUCAAAAACAUGUGUUGAUGUCAACUUCCAUCACAUUAAUAUUAUUAAUUAACAAAAGUUAAGUAUAGCUAGGUACUACUUUUAAAUUUAGAAGUGGCGAUUAAACAAUUUUCAACCAAAUCAGCAAAGUAAAACGACUUAUAGACCAGGGUCGAUAAUUUUAAAAAUGGUAAAAUGUGAAAAAAAAUUAUAGUAGGAUGAAACCCAUUGGAAAAGGUAGAGAAUAUAACAAAAGUUAAAGGAAAAAUAAAUUACGGGCGAUCUGAGGUCGGGAAGGGGGAGGGGGUGAGUGUUUAAGGGUAAAAACCGGUUAAUCUCGAUUUCCGGGAAAACUGAAAGUCCUAUGAAAAAAAGUUAAAUGGCAAAGUUGUAGGUAAUAAAAAGAUCUACAACUUUUGUAUCGACUUCUUUUUCACAUAACCUCAAAAUUUAUGUGAAAAAUUCAAAUAACCGAGUUUUUGGAUUUUUAUUUUUAUUUUAUGCAAAAAAAAUAUUUUUUAACGAAAUUUAGUGAACACUUACCUUUGUAUGUCCCAAACAUACAGCAUUUUUUUUUAUUUAAAAUAUUAAUUUUUUCACCUUAUUUUGACUAUUUGAAUAUCGAAAAAGCACCCUUAUUUUCAAUCGAAAAUUCUCACGUCAAAAUAUCUGCUUUUUUAAAAAAGGUGGUGUGUUUUUUGUUUGUUGAAAUCUCCACUCUUUGAUGGUAUAAAAAACAAUAUACACUACUAUGGUAAAUGUUCUCAGAAACUGCAAAUUAAUAAUGAUAAUAACUCGAAUCCGAAAA